AUGGCUAAAAUACCGUACCCUCUCAAAACGCAUUCAUACUCAAACCUACAUGAAGUAACAUUUACGCAUCUCAAUUGGGUCAUUGCUCUAGAUUUUCAAGCACAGCAGCUUCAAGGUUACGCUGAAUAUACAUUUCAUCAUCAUCUUUCAACUCGAUCCUCUUGUGUUGUGGUGCUUGAUACGCAUCAUUUAAAUAUCGCCAAGGUUUAUGUGGAUGAGAAGGAGACAAGGACCUUCACUCUGCCCGAGACUGAACACGCUGUUUUUGGUCGUCCACUUGUAAUUACGACCCCGAACCACGCGACUAAAAUUCGUGUGGACUACACCACAUCCGUUGCUUCCAGUGGUCUCCAAUGGCUUCAAAAGGAACUCACGGCGGGUAAAAUGUAUCCAUAUCUAUUUACACAAUGUCAAGCCAUUCAUGCACGUACAAUUGUCCCAUGUCCCGAUACACCAUCGUGUAAAUUUACUUAUACUGCUACAGUAACAGUACCCGAUUGGUGUACGUGUUUAAUGAGUGCAAUUGCUGAUCCACAAGGUCCAAAGCAUCAAAAUCACGUGGAGAAGACGUAUCAACUCUGUUUUUUUCAAACUGUUCCAAUUCCUUCUUAUCUAUUAGCUCUAGUAGCUGGUAAAUUAGAAAGUGUUGAUCUAGGACCACGUAGUCGUGUAUGGGCAGAACCAACCGUUGUGACAAAAGCUGCACAUGAAUUUGCACAGACUGAAGCUUUUUUACAACAUGCAGAGGACAUUACAGGACAAGAAUAUGUCUGGAAACGAUAUGAUCUGGUAUGUUUACCACCAUCCUUUCCCUAUGGAGGUAUGGAGAAUCCAUGUUUAACAUUUGUCACACCAACGUUAUUAGCAGGGGAUCGAUCACUUGCUGAUGUUGUGGCACAUGAGAUUUCACACUCCUGGACGGGCAAUCUUGUAACAAAUCACUCGUGGACAGAUUUUUGGUUGAAUGAAGGAUGGACAAUGUGGCUUGAACGUAAAAUUCAGAAUCGCAUUGCUCAGGACCCAAAGGCAUACGAUCUAAAGGCUGCGAUAGGUCUACGUGACCUUGUCGAAGCCGUCGAAGAAUUUGGACCUACGCAUCCUUUUACGGCACUAGUGCCUGACAUUGAAGGCAUGGAUCCGGAUGAUGUCUUUUCGUCGAUACCGUAUGAGAAGGGCUUUAAUUUUUUGCAUUACCUGUCAACUGUGGUUGGAGGUCACAAAGUCUUUGACAAAUUUGCACAAGCGUACAUUCAGGAGUUUAAGUUCAAGACAGUCACGUCGGGUGAAUUUCGUGCAUUUUUCGAAAAAUACUUUGCGGAACAGCCGGAAGCAUUGAGCAAAAUUGAUUGGGAAACGUGGUAUUACGCGCCUGGCAUGCCGCCUGUUGCAAAUAAGUUUGACACGACCCUUACUAGCCAAGCAACGUGUCUGGGCGAGCAGAUGGCUGUGAGUAGCGACCUAGAAACGUGGACGAGUGUCGACAAGGACAUGUUGCAAAAGUGGCCGACUACUUUGUGGAUCUUGUUACUCGACACGUUGUUGUUGAAGCAACAAGAUGCGACGUUUACGGCUGCCCACUUGGAUGUAAUCGAUUCCUUCACGCACCACCAUCUGACGACUACGAACAACUCAGAGCUGCGAUUCCGCUGGUAUACGCUAUGGCUUCGCUCGGGUGACUUGCGUUUGCUUGAGAAAACCGUCGAGAUGCUUAAAGAACAAGGCCGUAUGAAGUUUGUGCGUCCGCUUUUUCGGGAUCUAUGUACAGCUUUAGGGGCUGCUCAGGCUGAGGCCAUUUUUGCGGAUUGCAAGAAUCUGUACCACCCGAUUGCAGCUAAGAUGAUCCAGCGGGACAUUGAAAACAGUAUUGCAAAAGCUAAAAAUAGCAAGAUGAAGUUUGCGUCGCCGACGACCCCAAGUGCUUUGGCACAAUGGCUGGGUGUGUCGGACGAAGUCGUAGGUUACACUGCUGUUGCAGUUACCGUCGCGACGGUGGCGCUUAUUGUCAUGUCCCGUCGACAAUAG